AUGGCUCAAAACAGAGGUAUUUGUGGCGCAGAGUUCCCGGCAAAAGAACCAAGGCCUCAUUUUCAUCACGAGAGAACAUUGGCUGUUCAUAUGAGAGAUGUGCCUGUGACCAGAACAUCAUCCAGCCCUGAAAUUUCCAGUCAACGGACUCUUCAUGCGCUCACGCCCCCGCCGUUCGAUUAUACUCAAUUCAUGGAAAGUUCGCUUGAUGAAUCCAACCAUACUGGCUGUAAUCCGGAGAACAUCGAGGAUAAAUUCAACGUGCCGUACGGUGUUGAUGCUCAGGGCAACUGGUAUGGUACUGUGCCAACCCCAGGGGCUCAUACGGACGAAUACAUGGGUCGUGCAGAAGAUUUGUGCAAGGAAUCAAACUUUUCUGAUGUCCGGCACGACGUAAACAGAGAGAAAUAUUUGCCUUCUCAAUCUGAUGAUGCUGAUCUUUGGCACGCACCGACUCCGGGAAAUGGUAAUACUCCAAAGAUGGAAGUUACCGAUAGCCCUUUGGAUGAACAGAAUUCUUUCAAUACGCAAGAUAAUUACACUGUUCUUCCGCCUCCUACCCCUCCAAAUAUGAGGCCCGAUUUUAGCCAAUGGGAUGGUAAAGUAGGAAAUACUGACUCAGGAGUUGAAAAUCCGCAGAGUGUAAUUCGACUAAGCGAUACCAAGGGCUGUGAAAAGAUUGAGAAAGAUUGUCAGGCUGGGAAUCUCCCAGAAAAUGUUGCUAACAGAGCAAAGUACUAUUGGAAGAUGCUUUCCCAGGCUAUUGCAAACUUCAGUUGGCUGCAUUUGGACGAAACAAUGGAUAAAGUGCCAGCAGUUCUUGUUGCUUGUUGUAUCUACAUCGCCUGUCGACAGAGUGAAAUCCCCAGAACCUUCAUUGCAAUUCGGGUGCUCACAGAAACUUCUUCGCUGGAUUUCCGUCAGUCUGUUCGCAAAUCUUUUGAGAUUAUUCAAAAGUAUAUCGUUGAGACUAAAUGCUCUUGCUUGAGAGCAUUCAGGGCACCUUCUGAGGGAUGUUGUCAGAUAUGCCACAGGCUGUAUAAAAAGGAUGUCGUGAGCAAAAUAUCCGAGCCACUAGCGUUCUGUAUAGAAUGCUCGGGUGCAUAUCACAUGAGUUGUGCAACAUCACUCGACGCGACGAUUGCGACCCCCGACCCUAGCGGCUUGAUCUGUCGACGAUGCGUUCCAUGUCUUAUCCAUCCUGACGUGGAACAAAAUCAAAGGAAACCAACAGAGAAGCCUUUAACAACCGCUCGCAAUAGUGUUACUGUAAAAUCCAACAGUGUCGAAAAGAUUGGAAAAACAUCCAAAUUGUGCGACGAUCAAUCUCAGGUCCCUGACUUAGUAAGGGAAGAACUCAAAGCCAAUUCAAUAGACAGUAAGAUGGUAAAAUGGCUUAUGAAACGUUGCCGAAAUCUCAAAAAAAGGCAAGAUGAGAACAUUGCAAAAGUUCUCGCCCCUGUCCCGCACGAUUUUCUGGCACAAAUUGAAGAUGCAGAAAACGCGACCAUAAAACUACUCAAGGAGAAUCACCAGGCGUCCCGGACGAAAUUCAGCAAGGCACAAGAAGUCUACCUAACUGCUCUUCAGACCGACUUCUUACAAUUUAAUAUGCAGUCUAAUUUGCAGGGCUUCCUCGCGAGAUUGCAGCAAACGAACAAGACAAGUGGAUUUAAAAGAGACCGCAGUAUUCUUGACCCAUCGGAAGAAGCUUCCCAAGAAUUCAACACCGCUCUCGUUAGCUGCGACUCUGAAAUUCCUACAGAAAGAUCCUCAGGAUAUGCGGUCAGGUCCUCGGAACCUAAAAGGGGAGGUUCCUCGCAGCAUUUCCAGGUUAAUUCAACAGGACCCCAGCGCUCAUCACGAUACAUUCUAGACUCUGAACUAGAGGAGGGUGAAAUUCAGGAGCAUCCAGAAGUUAAAUUUCGGAAAUUUGAACCUGUUAUAAGACCUGAUAUAACUAAAAGGGCAAGAGUUUUUAUGCAAGAACAGAUGACUCAAAGUGCUAGUCAGACAGCAGCCACAGAAGGUCGAUCAAACGAGAGAUAUCAUAGAUAA